UCGCCAUCACAGAUCAGACUCGGACAAGAAAAGAAACGACGACUUUUUCGACGAUCUUAGUUUCCAUUUGGUCACUGGAUUCUUGCUGGAGAAAUGAAGAGUUGAGACCAUAAUUAGUGGUGAUUUCAACCGGGUGUACGUAAAUCAGUCCAACUAGUUACUGCAUGGUUUCGAAAAGUGCUGUUCCAAAGGAAGAAGAAAAACUAGUACAAGUAUUUCUGGAGUCGUCAGUCGUAAAAAAAGAGUGUGCCAAGAAGAAGAAGAAGGGUGAGCAAAAAUAAAUACUACUGGAUUGGAUCUUCUUCAUCCUUCUUCCAGUUGUUGUUCUUCCUGGCCAGUAGUGCAUUUCAUAUUUGUGAAUAGUACAGUUUUGUGGAUAAAAUUGGGGGAAAAUUGGCCCCAAAUUACGUCGUGUUCGUAAAUAAAUUAUGGAAAUCCUCCUCAGUUAAGGAAGGGACGCCAACUGAAGGGGUCCAUACAUAAAAAUAUAUCUCUCGUUCCUAAAACCCACACGAUGGGGAGACUGAAAUCUAAAGGAUGGUGCUACGUGUGUCUAAUCGUGUUCAUUUUGUGCAACUGGAUCUCAACUGCAAGUGCUCAGGCCGAGGGGGGCGGAGUUCAUCACGGGGGACGGGGUAGAAACGGGAACGGUGGGGGAGGUGGUGGAGGUGGUCCUGGUGCUGGAAGUGAUUACAACGGUGGAGAAUAUAACGGAUAUGAAGAUUACGACUAUGGCGAAUAUGACGAGACGAGAGGAGUGACUGGCGGUCGACCAGCGACGACAACAACGUCGAGACCUGCAGUCGCACCGGAAACGGGGACACGGAGAGAGGAACCGAGUGCCGUCACGUUGAGAACGUGUCAAUUUGAGGGACGGACUUAUCAAGACGGGGAAGAUUGGAAACCGGACAGUUGCGCGAUUUGUAGGUGUAUCCGUGGGAAGGUGGAAUGUAGUCGGGAAGGUUGUCCAGGUGCUAAUUGUGACGAUGUGGAAUGUCCCGAUAUUCAAUGUGCUACGCAACAGUACAUCCCGUUAGGACAAUGCUGUCCCAUUUGUGCGGAUGAUGAAGAUCAAAAUGGUAAUUCGUCGUCCGCCACGCCAUCCGUGCCUGCAGGACCGCGUGGAGGAGUCGGAUCAAAUGGACCAAUUGGAAUGAAAGGAGACCCUGGAAUUCCCGGAUCGGUUGGAAUUCCCGGAGAACCUGGAAAUCCUGGACCGCCCGGACCAACGCCGGAUAUAACCCCGUUUUUUAACCAACUGUCAGCGUCUCAAGGCGGUGGGGAAAAAGGCCCAGCUCCGGACCCGUUUCAAUUUUUACAGGCACAAGUUGGACCCGUAGGUCCUCGUGGUCAGCCAGGUCCGCCAGGUCCAAGUGGUCCUCAAGGAUUUCAAGGAGUCCGAGGAGAGCCAGGUGAUCACGGACCUGCUGGUGCAACAGGUGCAAUUGGACCAAGAGGAUUAAUUGGAGCACCAGGAAAAGACGGAGAACCUGGUGACGACGGCCAAGCUGGACCUCCUGGAUCAAGCGGACCUCCGGGUGCAAGGGGUCUGCCAGGGAUGCCUGGGCUACCAGGAGUCAAAGGUCAUCGAGGUUUUCCUGGUUUGGACGGUUCCAAAGGUGAACAGGGCAGCGGUGGAGAAAAGGGAAGCUUAGGACUACCUGGAGUUCCUGGACCUCAAGGACCCAUGGGGCCUGGUGGACCGAGGGGGGAACGUGGUAGAGAAGGACCCCCUGGAAAUCCUGGAUUGAGAGGAAUUGAUGGUGUCGCCGGCCCACCCGGUUUACCGGGUGCAAUCGGAAAACCUGGUCCCCCCGGAUUUCCUGGUUCCGCUGGAGGAAAAGGAGACCAAGGAAGCGCAGGCCCAAAAGGAUCUCAAGGGUUACAGGGCCCCCGAGGAGAAGGGGGAAGACCCGGAAAUCCCGGAGAUGGUGGUCCACCUGGACCCCCUGGAAAAGAUGGUCAACCUGGAGAAAAGGGUUCGCCUGGCUCAAUCGGAUCUCCUGGAGGGCAAGGAUUCCCAGGUGCACGGGGUCCACAAGGUUUAUCUGGAAGUCAAGGCCCAGCGGGAGCAAAAGGAAAUCCUGGCGGAACUGGUGAACCGGGAAUGAAAGGUGACUCAGGACCGAUGGGAGAAAACGGAGCCCCAGGAGCCAGGGGUCUUCCUGGCGUUGCUGGAGCCCCAGGAAAACGAGGAAAAACGGGUGGAAGAGGGAUUUCUGGACCGGCUGGACCCCCUGGGGAAAGAGGGUCACCUGGAGGAAGAGGUUUACCAGGUCAAGAUGGAGCUCCUGGACCAAAGGGACAAGCAGGAGAAAGGGGUCCGAAUGGUGUUCCGGGUUUAAAGGGAGCUGGGGGCGAACCAGGUCGAAUUGGACCCACUGGUCUUCAGGGUUUAAGGGGUCCCGCGGGACGAGCAGGGCUACAAGGGAAAAAUGGAGCACCAGGAGAAAGAGGGUUACCUGGACAAGAUGGCAAAAACGGUGAUCAAGGUCAAAGCGGAGCUCCCGGCUUACCAGGUCCCAUUGGUCCACCUGGUGACAAGGGUUUAGUUGGCGACCCUGGAAAAGAUGGAGAAAUGGGUGGUAUUGGUCAACCAGGUCCACGGGGUGACCCUGGAAAAGAUGGCAGUAUGGGAAUGCAAGGACCGCCUGGUUUAGCCGGCCCAGAUGGGGCGAGAGGACCCCCAGGUCCAAAUGGUCCCAGGGGCUUUCAAGGUCUGCCCGGAAGUCCAGGAAAUGCAGGCAGUCCAGGAAAGGAUGGCGAAAAUGGUUUACAAGGCCCGAUUGGAGCUCCAGGUUCAACUGGAGGAAGAGGAGAACGAGGCUUCCCAGGCGAAAGGGGUGGAGCAGGUCCUCCAGGCCCCCCAGGAAAUCGGGGCGAGCCUGGAAUGAUGGGUCAAGAUGGACCACCUGGUCCCAAUGGCCCCAAAGGAGAUAAGGGUCACGCCGGUUCUCCCGGACUUUUAGGUCUUCCAGGAGGAAGAGGACUUCCAGGCUUGCCGGGAGAAAAAGGUGAAAGGGGUUCGAAUGGAAUGAUGGGACCGGCAGGACCUCCUGGCCGCGGAGGAGAUCAGGGAGCAGUGGGUCCAGUUGGACCGGUAGGACCACCCGGCGAACCUGCAGAUCGAGGAGAUCCUGGCCCUCCAGGACCUCCAGGUGAGGCUGGUGGAGCUGGAAUGCCUGGUGAACGUGGACUCGGAGGACCGCCAGGUCUGCAAGGUUUCCCUGGUCCUCAGGGUGUUGGAGGUGCCCCCGGAGGUAAGGGCGAAAGGGGUUUGCCCGGAUUGAAGGGAGAACAAGGUGGAAUCGGAAAUACGGGAAAACCUGGAGAACAAGGACUCCCUGGACUUGUCGGUUUGAAUGGUGCAAAGGGAGGUCGUGGUGAACCAGGACAGAGAGGUGAACAUGGCCCUCAAGGCUUGCCUGGCCGUGAUGGAAGUCCUGGACCCCCUGGAAUGCAAGGCUCAACUGGCCCAAUCGGACAUCCUGGACCUCCAGGUUUGAAGGGAGUGCCUGGAGAUAAUGGACGUAUCGGAGCUCCUGGCCCGUUAGGACCUCCUGGCCCACCUGGAAUGGAAGGACCAAAGGGUGAAGGCGGUUCUGAGGGUGCACAAGGAGGCGUGGGAAAGCCAGGUGCCAAUGGGCCACCCGGUGAUAGAGGAGUUCCUGGCUUGCCUGGCCCCACCGGAGCGACAGGGGGACGUGGACCAAGAGGGGCGCAAGGAGAACAGGGCAUUCAGGGAAAACCAGGAGUCGAGGGUGGAAGAGGUGAACCAGGAAUGAUGGGUGCCCCUGGAGCACCAGGUCCCAUUGGUGAAUCCGGACCAGAGGGUAGUCCAGGCAAAAUAGGUCCUCCGGGGAUUGGAGGUCGUCCAGGAGACAAAGGCCCUCCAGGCCCACCUGGAAUGAUGGGAUUAUCUGGGGGACAAGGAUUACCGGGACCUCCUGGAAAUUCUGGACCUGCAGGAGUAACAGGAGAAAGGGGACCGAGAGGAGAAAGUGGUCCGCAAGGAGUUGAAGGACAAGCGGGACCACGUGGAAAAGCUGGACCUCCUGGACCACAGGGCGAAAAGGGUGAAAAGGGCGGUGGUGGCGCAAAGGGUGGCAAAGGACAUCGAGGUUUAAUUGGGUUGCAAGGUUUACCUGGUCAACAGGGUGAAAGUGGUGAGCGUGGAAUUGUGGGGUCCCCAGGACCCCCGGGAAAACCAGGAGAUUCAGGACCAAAGGGACCCGCUGGUAGAGAUGGCAUAAUGGGACCACCAGGACCGUUGGGACCGGUUGGACCAAGAGGACCGCCAGGAGAAAGUGGAAAAUCUGGAACGCCUGGAACUAGCGGGCCGCCGGGUCCCCCAGGUCCACCUGGAGAAUCCCUUGGUUAUGAUGCUGCUGCUCUUGCUGCCUUGUUAAAUCAAGGAACCGCUAAGGGCCCUGAUCCUCUGGCUGGCGACGAACCUUACAAAAUUCUUGGAAAAGAAAUCACACAAGAAGAUCGUCGUAAAUUAGUUUUAACCGCAUAUGAACAGCUCAUAACAACAUUUGAAAAAUUCCAGAAACCAGCCGGAGACAAAAAAUCUCCUGCUAAAACUUGUAAAGAUUUAUCUGUAGCGUAUCCCGACUUGAAAUCUGGAGAAUACUGGGUAGAUCCGAAUGCGGGUGACCCCAAAGAUGCCAUUUUGGUCUACUGCCGCAUGGAAGACAAAGCCACGUGCAUUCAUCCCAAACCGGAAAAGUCUCCAGUCAUGAAUCCCAUCAUAAAGACUCCAGGAGAGUAUUGGAUAUCUGACUUGGAGGGAGGAUCACAAUUUACUUACAAAUCGGAUGGAACUCAAAUGGCAUUCUUGCAAUUGCUGUCGUCAACUGCGGAACAAAAUAUCACAUAUCACUGCUUUAACUCAGCUGCUCAUUAUGACUCUCAAAAGAAGAAUUACCGAAGCGCAUUGAAACUCAUGGGAUGGAACGACUUGGAACUGACUGCCAGGGGGACGAGGAGAACACGCUACAACGUGGUCGAAGAUGAAUGUCGGUGGAAGAAAUCCGAAUGGGCCAAGACGUUAAUACAAUACCACACCGAUAAGGCCGCCCGCCUCCCCAUCGUGGACAUAUCAGUGAAAGACAUGGGAGAAAAGAGUCAGCAAUUUUGGGUUGAAAUAGGUCGCGUAUGUUUUAUCUAGGAAAAAAAUCCCUUAAAAUAAUGUAUACUAUUACGACUUCAUAUCCAUUUUUAUAUCCAUUUUGAAAUCACUUUUUAUACCGUUAAAAUAUUUACUCGGAUUUUUUUUGUUUAAUUGGAACACGAGGUAUUAUUAUUUCACGUAUAUACGAAUUAAGAUUCUCAACAAAAUAAUGCUAAUUAGGUCAUCAGGGGGAUGGGAAGAGGGGGACGAUAAAUAUUAAAAGGUUGUAAGCAUGUGCAAUAUUUAUUGAAUGUAUGAAUGUUUAUAUCACUGCCAUUUUUUUUACAUUCUUAUCUUUUUGUUUAAUAAUAAUAAUAGUAAUUAAUUCCCAUAUUUUUAGUAUUAAUUAAUUGCCUCAGGAGUUGUAACUUUCACUGCCAGCCGAUUUUUACACGCGCAAAACAAACCUACACUGCCAAUAAAAUAUUUUGAUUGCAAACUUCA